AUAAUAUAUCUUUGAUUACUUUUAAAAACUGUCACUAUCUAUCAUCUAAAAGUCAAAUUUUUGAUCUACCAAGAGAAUCCAACUCUUCUUAUAGCCCUCAUUAGUUUGGUUUCAAGUUCCCUUUUCAUACAUAAAUAUUACCCUUCGAAGCUAAUAAACAUCUUCUUCUUAUUCUUUCUCUCUAUCUCUGAGAUGGGUUUGUUUGGGACGAAGAAGAUCGGCAAGUACGAGAUAGGGAGGACCAUCGGAGAAGGGAACUUCGCAAAAGUGAAACUUGGUUAUGACACGACCAAUGGUACCUAUGUAGCUGUCAAAAUCAUAGACAAGUCUCUGGUUAUCCAAAAGGGUCUAGAGUCUCAAGUCAAGAGAGAGGUAAGGACUAUGAAGCUUCUUAACCAUCCCAACAUCGUACAGAUACACGAGGUGAUUGGGACCAAGACAAAGAUCUGUAUUGUGAUGGAAUACGUGGCAGGUGGUCAGCUUUCAGACAAACUUGAAAGACAUAAGAUGAAAGAAUCAGAUGCAAGAAAGCUUUUCCAACAAUUGAUUGAUGCCGUUGAUUACUGUCACAACAGAGGAGUUUACCACAGAGAUCUUAAGCCACAAAACUUGCUAAUAGAUUCAAAGGGUAAUCUCAAAGUCUCUGACUUUGGACUAAGUGCAGUACCUAAAUCAGGGGAUAUGCUCUCUACAGCUUGUGGAUCUCCAUGCUAUAUAGCACCUGAGCUGAUAAUGAACAAAGGGUACUCAGGAGCAGCAGUGGACGUGUGGUCUUGUGGGGUGAUUCUAUUCGAGUUGCUUGCUGGUUACCCACCGUUCGAUGAUCAUACUCUUCCUGUCUUGUAUAAGAAGAUACUCAGAGCAGAUUACACGUUCCCACCUGGUUUCACUGGAGAGCAGAAGAGGCUAAUCUUUAACAUUCUUGACCCAAAUCCUCAAACGCGUAUAACACUAGCUGAGAUUAUCAUCCAAGAUUCUUGGUUCAAGUUAGGUUAUACACCAGCUUAUCAUCAAGUUUCAGACUCAGUCAAGGAGAAUGUAGCGGAGAUAAAUGCAGCAACCGCGUCUUCAAAUUUUAUAAACGCUUUUCAGAUAAUAGCAAUGUCUAGUGAUCUAGAUUUGUCAGGUCUCUUCGAAGAACAAGAUGAUAAGAGAUAUAAAACAAGAAUUGGGUCCAAGAACACAGUACAAGAAACAAUCAAGAAGAUUGAAGCUGCUGCAAUUGAUGUUAGUUUAUCGGUUGAAAGAAUAAAGCACUUCAAGGUUAAGAUUCAGCCAAAAGAGAUAAGAUCAAGAUCUUCUUAUGACUUACUAUCAGCAGAGGUGAUCGAGGUGACUCCAACCAAUUGUGUAAUAGAAAUAUCAAAAUCCGCAGGGGAGUUAAGACUAUACAUGGAGUUUUGCCAGAGUUUAUCCAGCUUACUUACAGCCGAAGUAGGCUAAGAGUCCAUAGAUUGUCAAGAAAAGUGAUGUGACAUAGAUGAUGAAUAUACGAAGCAAAUAAAGCAUAUUUUACUGAUUCAAGUUGCAGUGACAUGAAGACAGUGAAGAGGUUGGAUUGAAAAAGUAAUUCAUGUCUUGUGGUGAUCCCAAAGGGUUCUCUUUCCAAAAAGAAAAACGGCUUCUCAUUCAGGGUGUAAAAUGAUGUAUUUGUUAUAAAUUAAGCAUUGAAAUGA